AUGCUGUCAAGACCUCUAACAAGAGCUUUGUUGAGUUCCAGUCGGCUUUCUUCAAAACAAGUUUUAUCAAUAAGUUCCUUAAGCUCAUCUGCACAAUCGAAAGGCAGAACCAAGUUUGUUCGCAAUGGGUUGUUGACCGUCUUAUUUCAAGCAAUUGGUGUGUCGGUGGGACUUUACUUAACGAAAGAUUUCGAGAACUCAAAGCAGACCUUCCCUCUUUCUUCUGUCACUAGUCUCGAGGACCUGGCACCACCUCAAUAUGGAAAUGACGAUGAUUUGACGAAGUGCAUUGAAGAAAUCAGAGAAACUCUAGGAGAAAACGCAGUCAGGAACUCGGAUGUUGAACUAGACCAUCACGCCGAUAAUGGAUUCAACCCUUCCAAACCACUGCCGCAUCAAAGACCCAAAUACGUGGUUUAUCCUACUUCGACGGAACAGGUAUCAGAAAUCAUGAAGGUGGUGAGCAAAUACAGCAUCCCAGUGGUACCGUAUUCUGGUGGAACUGCAUUGGAAGGACACACUUACUCCACUAGGCCAGGCAUCGUACUCAACACUUCAAGAAUGAACAAAAUCAUGCAAGUGAAUGUCGAUGACCUUGAUGCAGUGGUCCAGGCUGGAGUUGGGUGGCAGGAUCUCAACCAGCACCUAUCGAGCCACGAAGAAAUGCAAAACUUGAUGUUGGGCUGUGACUGUGGUCCUGGCGCUCAUAUUUGUGGAAUGGUAAGCACCAACGCAUCCGGAGUGAGUGCAACGCGGUAUGGAUCAAUGGCCUCGAAUGUCAUCUCUAUAAAGGCUGUACUGGCCGAUGGAACAAUCAUCAAGACCAAAAACAGACCAAGAAAAUCUAGCGCAGGUUACAAUUUGACAGGACUGCUGGUUGGAAGCGAGGGUACACUCGCCAUUGUGACUGAAGUCACCGUGAAACUGCAAGUCAGGCCUGCCUUUGAAACUGUAGCAGUGGUCCAAUUUCCAUCAGUCAACGAUUGCACUAAAUCCAUGGCAUCCUUUUUCAAAACUGGCAUUCCGCUCAACGCAGUGGAGCUUUUAGACUCUGACAUGAUGCGCUGUGUCAACUACAGUGACCUAGUGUCACGAAAGUACGAGAACAUGCCGACGUUGUUUAUAAAAAUCGGAGGACUGAACAAAACCGUUGUCGGAGAGUACAUCAAAGAGGUCAAAGCGAUCUCGCGUGCCAACAGAUGCGUCAUGUUCGAAUUUGCGAAAUCUUCUGAGGAAGCAGAUGAACUGUUCUCAGCAAGAAAAAACGCUCUCUAUAUGAUGCUCGACUAUGCCUUCAAUGAAAUCAGCCCUGAUGCCAAAAUGUGGAUUACCGACUGUGCGGUCCCGCUCUCCAAGUUGGCAUCUACCCUGGAGGAACUCAACGAAAUGAUGAAGGAAUACCCAAUGCAACACAUGGUGUUGGGACACGGUGACGCCAACCUUCACUACGAUAUUUUCUACACACCAGACCAGUAUGAGCUUUGCAAGGAAGCCGUUGACAGAAUGGCCAAGCUCGCCAUCGCCAACGAGGGAACUUGUUCAGGGGAGCACGGUAUUGGAAGUGGCAAGAGAGCUCUUUUGGAAACAGAACUGGGCAAGGACACCAUCUCGGCAAUGCGGAAGCUCAAACUGGCGCUGGAUCCCAAGCGGCUGCUAAAUCCGGAUAAGGUAUUCAAGAUAGAUCCCCUUGAUGAAAGCGAUGAAUAA